CUACUAUAUCACUAGUAUAUAAGUGUUUCACCAGAAAGCAAAAACUAUCCACUUGAAUCAUGGCUUUCCUUUGGCUUGUUUCCUGCUUGGCUUUAGCCACCACAGUUUAUGGCUGUGGCCAACCUCAGAUCGCUCCAGUGGUUACAGGUUAUGCCAGGAUUGUGAAUGGCGAGGAAGCAGUUCCAGGGUCUUGGCCUUGGCAAGUCUCCCUGCAGGAUUCCACUUCAUGGCACUUUUGCGGAGGUUCCCUUAUUAACAAUGAGUGGGUUGUAACUGCUGCUCACUGUGGUGUCUCGACCAGAGAUAAGGUGGUUCUCGGAGAGCAUGACCGAGGCUCAAACGUUGAAAAAAUCCAGUCUCUUGCUGUUGCUAAGGUCUUCACACACCCACAGUGGAAUUCCAACACAAUCAACAAUGAUAUUUCCCUGAUUAAGCUAGCCACUCCAGCUGUCCUUGGCGCAACUGUGGCUCCAGUUUGUCUGGCUAAUACUGGAGACGAUUAUGAAGGAGGGCGCAUCUGUGUUACCAGUGGAUGGGGAAAGACCAGAUACAAUGCAUUUACAACUCCAAACCAACUGCAGCAAACUGCUCUACCUCUGCUGACAAACGAUCAGUGCAAGAGCUACUGGGGAAAUAAUAUCACUGGCACAAUGAUCUGCGCUGGUGCUGCUGGCUCCUCUUCCUGCAUGGGUGAUUCUGGUGGACCACUUGUAUGCCAGGCUAAUGAUGCAUGGACACUUGUUGGCAUUGUGUCCUGGGGAAGCAGUAUGUGCUCAACAAGCACUCCAGCUGUGUACGCCCGUGUUGCAGUUCUCCGUUCUUGGGUUGACGAGAUUGUGGCUUCCAACUAAUGCACAUUCCAAAAUAUAGUAUUCUCAAAAUGGUGGAGAGAAAUUAAAUUGUGAAAUGUAAUGUAACUGUCUGAAAUAUUCAGUACUGGAAUAAAGUAUCAGUAAAUAAA